UUGUGGUCAAAGUAGUGAUGGCCCUCACAUUUUCCACAGUCUAUGAUCUAGGAAGUUAACGUUUCAUUUUUCAGUAAAGAAAAAAAAAACUUUUACUCGGUAUUUUGAGAACGUUUGGCACUACAUGUAAAUUUUUGUCUUAGAUGUAAAGAUAAAUACAUUUUUCAGGGUCGAAAAAAAAAUUCAAGCAAGAAAGUCCAGAGAGAGAGAUGAAAAAAAAAAGAAGCUCGAGACGGUGACAAAGUGGAAAGUCCUAUUCAUCGUCUGCUGUGAGCAGCCAUUCAAUACAUGUAAGAAACUUCCUGUUUUGUUAACGCGUUCUAGACCCGUAGGAAGACUAUCACAAACCAGCGCGGAGAGAGAACGUAAUCCAACGGAGACGGGUGGAAAUGUUACACGCUCUUAAGGAGUAGCCAAAAAUGAAGCAAAAAUUUGCAGGAGGCAAUGUUUCCUGGGCCCUGAAUUCUACAAUGGGGACAUCGAACAACACCACGGCACCGUGCAUCCCACCCUAUUAUGAAAGUGCCCUUUUCGUCAUUAUACUCUACAGCAUCGUCCUAGUCAUUGGAAUACCGGCGAACCUUUUAACCUUAUGGCUGACUUUUUUACAAAUAUGGCGAAAAAACGUGCUGGCGGUUUACCUGUUCAGCCUGUCUCUAAGUGAACUCAUGUACCUCGGGACGAUUCCCCUUUGGAUCCUGUACGUAAGAAACGACCACAAGUGGCAGUGGGGACCGACGGCUUGCAAAAUUACGGGCUAUAUUUUCUUCAACAACAUCUAUAUCAGUAUUCUGCUUUUGUGUUGCAUUUCUGUGGAUCGUUACUUGGCCGUGGAAUACGCCUUGGAGUCCAGAGGGAUCCGGAGGCAGAAAAUCGCCAUUAUUGUCACCGUGGUUCUUUUCAGUUUGGUGGCGCUUAUUCACUCCCCCGUCUUCAUCCUCAGUGACGGCGACCAGACGGAAAACCAAACCACUUGUUUCGAAACGUUACCAAUACCCCCGCACGUCGCUCAUUUCUACGUGGCCCGGUUUAUUGUUGGAUUUUUAAUCCCUCUGUCAACUUUGACUUACACCAACUUCGUGAUCAAAAAGAGGAUCGAGACCAGCGUCAGCUUCACGGACCAGCAGAAGACCAAAGUCAAGUACCUCGCCAUAACCAUCAUCGUCAUAUUCAUGAUCUGCUUCGCUCCGUAUCACUUUGUGUUGCUCGCCCGGAGUAUUGCUUACUACUUGGAAGAAAGCGAUAAAACCUUCUGCGAUUUCGAGCAGGAGAUCUACACGCCCUAUUCCAUGUUCCUAUGCCUGGUCACCGUCAACAGCGUGGCGGAUCCUUUCAUCUAUGUGUUGGUCAGCGAAAACGUAAGGAAAGAUAUCUGCAGAGCCAUGAGGGGCUGGAGGAGACACCUCUCCAUCAAUACCAGGAGUGACAGUACCUACCCCCAUACUCCCAAUUCCAGAGAUCAACACUUGGACAAAGAGUAUUCAACACAUAGUGGAGCCGCGGUGACAGAUACACUGCAGAAGAGGAGUUAGUCCGACGGUGCGCUGUCGAAAUGCUAACAAAUUGCCGUGGCGCGUGAUUUUUUCUCAAAUUUUAUUUAUGUUAUUUAUUUGUAUGACCUGUGUAAAUAUCCAUCGCU